AUGUCCCUCCCGGACUUUUGGGUACAUCGAUUGAUAGCGACGACUACACCAUCACCGGUGCCGUCAUGCUCCAGCGCUUCGUCGGAUGACAUCUCAAAGCUAUCGGAUGGACCUCCGCUUCUGAAACCCGAGGCGAUGAAGCCGAUGACGGAUUUUGGAGCCCUACAAUUGCUUCAGAUGCAAUUGAUGUGGCAGCCGCAGAUAAUGCAAAAUUUUUUGGCUAUGAUCCAAGCUGAUCAGGAGCAACGGCGGCACGAACAGAUGAAGAAACUCAAGGAAAUCACCACCAACAAUGUUGUGAAUUCUCGGAAAAGGCCACCAUCGGUGGCCAGCGAGGGAAAGAAAACAAAGCAGCGAAAACUUGGAGAUGACACAGUGAACGCCUCGCCUGUCAGUGGAAUGUUCAUAAAGGACGAGUCAGCCGUUCCGCCAGCAGAGGAACUUCAAAAGGACGCGGACUCACUGGACGAGACAGCCGCCUAUGUAGAGGUGUCUGAAGGAGAGCCGGAAGAAGAUUGA